AAUGGCCUCGCUAUAGGUCUGUCAGUAAUCAAAUAUUUGUAUAGCACUGUUGAAAUGUUAAUUUUACUUAUUUACCAGUGGUGAUCAAGGAAAUUCAAGGUGUAUAACAGUCCAUGUUGUUGGUCCACAUGCAGCUUCGACAGGUGGACCUUGUCAAACUUUACACUGCCAGAACAAUGGACAUUGUACUGCCGUGUCUGUAACGUUGUACAGCGCAUACUGUACCUGUACUGCUGGCUUUAACGGUCCCACCUGUGAUACUCAAUCAACAACAGUCGAUCCAUGUUCCAUAACGCAUAUGGUUUGUCAAAACGGAGGUGUUUGUAAAAAUAACAAAGGGCAUGCUACGUGCUUAUGUCAACCAGGAUGGACAGGAACACAAUGCCAAACAGAUUCCGGAGUAACCGGCUCUCAGGAUCCGACUUUCAUAGAUACAGCCAUCCCAACUAUUGUACCAUGUACUGUUGGUCAGUCGUGUAACAUACCGUUACUUCUUAAAGGUGCUGGCGUCACAUCGUCGAACAUAAAUUUUGGUCAAGUUGAUAACGGCAUUACUCCUAGUCCUGUAUCCGUUGAUCGCCCAACGUCUGGUGGUCCAGCUGUGGUUCAUGUCCCAGUAACACCUACCACAGAGGGAGAAAAACAUAUAUGCGUACAGGUCAACAGUGUCACAUCUGGCACAAAAUCAAGCGAAGCUUGUUUCACUAUAAAGGCAACACAACCUACAGGUGGGUCCAUACCGGCUCCUCCAGCUCAGAGCAAGCCCCAGUUUACACCGUCAACCUUACCUGACCAUUCGACAGUACAGUGUAUGGCAGGGUCAACUUGUCACAUAUACCUAGGAACACAGCCCGCCAGUACAGCUAAUACAUGUCCGAGUGUAAUACAGUCUGGGGUUACACAUAUUCAGAGUAUACAAUCCUUUCCGCUGGUUACUUCUCCAUCGCCCGGAAAUGUCUGUUCCACUGUCAUGGCAUUCACACCUUCAGCUGAACAAAAUGGAAUGGUGUGCUUCACACCUACACAGGCCAGUGAUCACGGACAAGAAAAAUGCUUUAAUAUAAAUGUUAAGCAAGAAAACUGUAGUGGUCCAGUUAUAGAUUUAGAAGCAGCGAGGGAGUCAACAAACAUGGGUCGUACAAGGUGUAAAUGUACUCUGGCCAGUGGUAAGGAAGUGGUGGUCAUCAACAAGCGCCCUAAAGCCACUACAGCUCAGCUACUCAAAGCGGCCGGUAUCGGCGCCGGAAGUGUCACAGGCGCCAUUGCUAUAGCAACAAUCAUAUAUAUGAUUGUCGGAAAAAUCAAGGAAUCUAAGAACUCGAAUCCCAAUCUUGGUGAUAAUAAAACUAAUUCUGACAGAAUGACUCCACGGGCUAGUAAACCACGUCCCCAGCUCAGACAACGCCGCUAAGAUGUGACAAAAACACAAACGUGUCCAUAUACAUGUAGUUAAUUUAUUCCUAGGUAUCCAUGACAAUUGAAAUUGAGUGUGUGCUUUGAAAAUAUAAAUAAAAUGAGUUUUGCAUUUCAA